AUGGCAGCAGAAAUUAACCUGAAUGAAGAGAAGCAUCAUGACAAGACCUUGACGGAAUUGGAGUAUGCCGAUACGAAAGAGUCCGUGCUUGAGGGACCAAUUGCCAGACCAGAAGGAAAGGUUUACAUCACAACCUCAGCGGCUCAGGUAGAUAGUCUCAAAUUUGCCAAAGACGGCCACACUCUCCUUGUGCCACAGCCAUCGGACGAUCCCAAUGAUCCUUUGAAUUGGAGUUCUGUAAAGAAAAACACGCUCCUCGUCAUUGUUUCUUUGUCAGCCCUUCUGCCAGAAUUUGGCAGCUCGCUGGGCGCCGUGACAUUGUUGCCGCAGGCAGAGGAAUGGCAUAUGACCCCGGAUCAUGUCAACCAUUCUCAAGCAGGGAAUGUCUUCAUGCUUGGAGUAGGUGGCUUGUUCGCCAUCACAUGUUCAGCAUAUUUCGGUCGCCUUCCGGUCCUUUUCUGGAUGCUCUGCAUGGCCCUUGGAACGGCGAUCUGGUGCGCCGCCGCGGUCACAUUUGAAUCCUUCAUGGCCGCUCGCAUUCUCAAUGGAUUCUUCUCUGCAGUCAGUCAGUCUGGGGCGACCAUAUUUAUCAACGACUUGUUCUUUUUUCACGAAAAGGCGCGGAAAAUCGGCAUCUGGAUCUGUUUUGUCAUCCUCGCUCCCUCUCUGGGACCCAUGCUCGGAGCAUUCAUGCUCACUACCCAACGCUGGCCUCUGCCUUACUGGAUCUUGUCCAGUAUCACCGGUCUGUGUCUUGUUCUGGUCAUUCUUUUCGGAGAGGAAACGUACUAUGACCGACGCCUCAAGUUGGAAGAGCAACCAGUGAAGAGGCAUCGUCUACUCCGCUUGAUUGGCGUUGAACAAUUCCAGUCCCGGCGCCAACGGAACACAGUCCGAGAGACACUCAGACGACCAGCACACGUGCUCAUCCUCCCAACCGUUUUUAUUUCGGUCAUCUACGCCGGAAUCACCUUCGCUUGGCAAGUUGGUAUCAACACUACGGCGGCGAUAUUUCUCACUCCGCUCUAUCACUUUGGCAUCCUUCAAGUGGGAUAUUUCUACUUUGCACCGGCUAUCGGCGCAGUCCUGGGCGAAGCGGCAGGUUAUUUCACCCAUGAUUUCAUCGCUAAACGCUACGAAAAGACUCACAAUGGCUACUUCCAUCCUGAGGCUCGACUUCGAGGAACUUGGGUGGCAACACCAUUCCUUGUCGCUGGCUUGGUGCUCAUAGGAUUCGCUUUCCAGGACCAUCUCCACUACCUCGUGGCGGCGGCCGGUUGGAUUCUAUACAACAUCGGCGCCAUGAUCUCGGUUGUGAGUAUCAAUGCCUAUUGUCUGGAUUCUUACCCAGAAGCUUCGGGCGAGGCUGCUGCUUGGCUCAAUUUGGGCCGAACAGUUGGCGGCUUCAUCAUCUCUUAUGAGCAGGUGACUUGGGCCACAAGUGAAGGGACCAAAGCCAGUUUUGGUAUUCAGGCUGGUAUCUGUACUUUUGGACUGGUCUUGGUUGCGUUUCUGCAGAUCUACGGCCAAAGAUUGAGAAAAUGGUCUGGAAGUCUGAAUUUCAAGACAAUAUGA